AUGACGCUUCUAGGACACGAUGAGAUGCCACUGUCGAAGACGAAGGACUUCACCUUCCCAGAUGAUUGGACUAAGACAUCCUGGGGGUUCGACCCGACCCUGGGACAUGUCUCAUACAUCGGGAACAUUUUGGAGACCACCACUAUUGCUGGUAGGGAUCCAAAGACCACUUACUCUCGCCGAGCCAUGACCUCCAGAUUCCAGCCUCUUUGA